UUUUGAUCAAAUAAAAAGGAAAGAGUUUUCUUUCUCGGAAAGAGUGAUCCAUCGUCGUCCGUAGUUUGAUCAUUGGUCCAUACACUCAUCAGAGCUCUAUAUCUGAUAAUAGAUGGCGUCUGCAGUGGUGACCACUGUCUCAGUUGGUUCCAUUGCUUCCUGCCAUGCUCUGUCAGGCUUUGGGGCGAGUUCUAAGCCCUCGGCUGUGAAUUUUAAUGCAACCAAGGGCUUUAAGGGCUUCAGUGGUUUGAAGGCAGCUUCAUCCAUUAACAUUGAAACUGAGGAAUCCUUUUUAGGAAACAAAAGCACUUUUGCACUGCAUGAAUCAUUUAGUCCAAAAUUGGAGGCGCGACAGAGGACCACAAAUCACCUUCAGCCAUAUGCUUCGACUUUUAAAGUGGCUGUUCUUGGUGCUGCAGGAGGGAUUGGUCAACCACUUGCACUUCUAAUAAAGAUGUCUCCACUCGUUUCUGCCUUGCAUCUCUAUGAUAUUGCCAAUGUAAAGGGUGUUGCCGCUGAUCUUAGCCACUGCAAUACCCCCUCUCAGGUUUUGGAUUUCACUGGACCGGCAGAACUGGCCAACUGUUUGAAAGAGGUUGAUGUAGUUGUCAUCCCUGCAGGGGUUCCUAGGAAGCCAGGCAUGACUCGUGAUGACUUGUUUAACAUAAAUGCCAACAUUGUCAAGACACUCAUUGAAGCUGUUGCUGAUAAUUGUCCAGAUGCCCUCAUCCACAUUAUCAGCAACCCUGUCAAUUCCACUGUUCCUAUAGCUGCAGAGGUUCUCAAGCAGAAAGGUGUCUACAAUCCAAAGAAACUGUUUGGUGUUUCUACAUUAGAUGUUGUCAGAGCUAACACAUUUGUGGCACAAAAGAAGGGCCUAAAACUAAUUGAUGUGGAUGUCCCUGUUGUAGGGGGUCAUGCUGGGAUUACUAUUUUGCCGUUGUUAUCAAAGACUAGGCCUUCCACAACCUUCACUGACAAAGAAGUAGAAGAGCUGACUGCAAGGAUUCAGAAUGCUGGGACAGAGGUGGUGGAGGCUAAAGCAGGUGCAGGAUCUGCGACUCUGUCAAUGGCAUAUGCAGCAGCUAGAUUUGUUGAGUCAUCUCUCCGAGCUCUGGAUGGAGAUGCGGAUGUAUAUGAAUGCUCUUUCAUUCAGUCUGAUCUGAAUGAGCUGCCAUUCUUCGCUUCGAGAGUUAAGCUGGGGAAGGAAGGUGUUGAAGAUGUGAUAUCAGCUGAUCUUCAGGGGCUGACAGAGUUUGAGGAGAAAGCACUGGAGGCCCUCAAGCCUGAGUUGAGGGCCAGUAUUGAGAAGGGUGUGGCUUUUGUGCAUAAGCAGCCCGCAACAUCAGGUUCCGCUUGAUGAUAUUUGUCUCUUUCUAACGGUCAUGCGCGAUACAAAAAGCAAAUAACGACAGAGUGGAUGCUCAUGUCCUUUCAGUUUUGCAGCUCAUUAGGUUUUCUUGUUUCGACUUCCUUUGCUGUGCCUUUGUAAGACCAUAUAAUUCCAGUUUUUGUUUGUGUGAUUGUAUGUCAAUCAUGUGGCAAAUUUUGGUUAUGUAAUUGUACUACCACAGAAGUAUCUGCUGCUUGGUAUGUGAUGCCUGUUGUGAUC